UCUUCUUCUCCUUCUUCUUCCAAGUCUCUUUGGUAAUGAUAGGUUUCUGUUUUUCUGUUUUUCUUUAUUUUUCCCCAGCUAUUCGUUUUGGACGAAUGCCUCAGGCAGAGAAGGAGAAACUGUUGGCUGAAUUCUCCUCUGACAUGGAGCACAUGAACCCAGAGGCUGCAGACCUGAGAGCUCUGGGCCGACAUCUGUACGAAGCCUAUCUGAAGUACUUUCCUCUGACCAAGGCCAAGGCCAGAGCCAUCCUGUCUGGGAAGACUGGAGACAACGGGCCCUUCGUCAUCCACGACAUGAAGUCUUUAAUGGAGGGAGAGCAAUUCAUUAACUGUGGGCAGGUGCCCCAGCAGCAGCAGCAGCAG